GGAGCGCUUUCCCCUAUCGUCUAUCCCCCUGCCUUGAGCAGAUCCAUCAAGCAGAGCCUUGUGCCUCUCGAUUCAGCUCAUCUUCCUCUCGAACACAGACCCUCCAUCAUGGAGUCGUGGGACGUGAAGGAGCAGCGCUUCCGGUCCCUGCUGCGACAGCUGGGACACGGCAACCAGCAAGCCGUCAGCUCCGCCACCGCCAUGUUUCAGGACUACGACAACUUCCGCAACCUCGCCAGUGUGUGGCAGCAGGAGCUCGAUGCCGCCAUCGGUGGGGCGGAGUGUGGCUCUCAGGAGGGCAAUGCCAAGAUAUACGAGUUCUUCUCGGUCAUGUCUGGCGCAUUCCUGGGCGACAGGAUCGGUUUCCUCAAGGGCCACUUUGCGGGUGAUGCCGCGGGAGGGGCGGCCGGUGCCGCGGGCGGCGGUAUCAUGGAGAACCUUCUAAAGGUGCGGCCGUACCAACGGAACAGAACAGAGCAGACAGAUGGCUGAAUGGAGGGUUGCACCUGAGAAAGGAAUCCGUUCACCAAGUGUUUCUGUCUGUGCCUGUCUGCGCGUGUGUGUUGGGUUUGUGUGUGUGUGCAGAAGCUGCGUGACCGCUACGCCCUCACCCCUCUGCUGCACGCCCUCGUGGAGGAGUGGAACAGCCGGGGCUACUUCAGCGACAAGGACAUCGCCGCCUUCCGUCGCGCGCUCGCACCACCCGCUAGACAGGCCAACCCCUCAGCGGCCGCCCUCUCCUCAUCCACCCUGCUCCGCGGCUCCUCAGGCCACCUCAACGGCUCGGCCGUGUCAGGGCGGCCACAGGCGGGCAAGCGGGGCAUCGAGGACCACCAGCGGCCGACUGACGGCUCGGCGUUCGGCAGCGACGGCGACGUUGCGUCUCUGAAGCGGAUGACUGAGAUGCAGGAGCGGAUUCUGGUCAAGCAGCUGAAGCGCCGCGAGAUGGAGAUGCAGGGCGACAUGCAGAAGGCGGGCAGGAUGAUCCAGGGCGAGUACGAGGAGCGCGUCAAGCUCCUCAAGGAGAUUCCCCCGCUGCAGGAGCGGCUCGAGGGGGUGGUCAAGAAGCGGGUGGCGCAGCUCAGGAACGCCGCCCUCGCCAGGAAGGCCAUCGAAAAGGCCAUCGACAAACAGAAGGAGUCACAGGGCGGAUAGCUAGCAUAGCAGACAGAGGGGGACGGACGGAAUCAAUCGAUGGCUUGUUGGAUGGUUUUGCUUGUGCAGACAGAGGAUCGGCUUUGGAUGUCCACCCAUGGCCGUGUGUGUCUGAUCGAACCUGCGCACGACCAUGUGUUGCCCGUCAACCACGAGCAGCUCAUGCACGUGUGCAUGGUCGCACUCUAUCACACAGCCGGGGGGAGGGAGCAGCGAAGACAGGAUGCAUGGAUGUGACAGCAAUGGACUGACAGCCUGCCUUUUAGUCUGUGCGGAUCGGAUGGACGCGACGCGACGCGACGGCUGUGUGACUGAUAAAUAGGUGCAUUUGAACGUGUG